AUGGGGUCAAGACAAAAACUUCAAUAUAUGCCAGGACUCAAGCUAUCAAGGUUGAAAUACCUAUCGAAAAAUUUGUUGGAGUCAGAGUCUGAGGAGAGUGAUUCUGAGGACUCGGGUGAGGAGCAGGACCACAGGAGGGACAGCUCUGAGACUGAGGAGUCAGAGGAUGAGGACAGAACUCCUGGUGAGGAGUACGCCUACCCAGAGCAGGAGAAAAGAUCAAGUUGUGUCCAAGUUAAGAGAGCCAAAAUUUAUUCCCCACCUUCCCAUGACCUUAGAUUGAAAUUUGACCAGGAAGAAGAAAAAGACCGAAUGGAAUACCAGCGACCUUGGCCUGACCUUGAAAAUCUGUUUGGUGAUGACCCAGAAUACCAAAAAUAUCUGACUGACCUUGGCUCAUACAUGGCAAUGCAGCUGGAGCAAGUUAAACAGUUCUCUCAUAACUUUGAUCAGUACUGUGAAGUGGUGGACAAGAGUAAAGCCUUGGACAUUGAUGAAUCCAUGGCCAGACAUGAGUGGUCCACAGAAGAAUUCAAUCAUGUUCUACCAACCUUCACAGAAAUGGUAAAGGAGAUGCGGAAGAUGACUGUGAAGAGGAGAUGUGCGAUGGUUCUGGUGAUAAGCUCUAGCUUCAGGGACUCCUGUCUCCCCUACCCCCAGGAGAUCAUCAACAAGACCCACCAUAAGCUGCCCAUUAUAGCCAUCAAAUGA